CAACAUUUAGAUGAUAAGGCCAUCUCCGAACUGACUCUUUCCAUGUGUUUGAUGGGCAUGGUUUCGAUUUUCUAGGUAACAGGAAGAUGCAACCUUAAAAAAUUGAUUUAACAUUAUCAUCAUCUGAUUAAGGUUUUCUGAGGUUGAAGGGACCUUUAAAUUGGGACAGAACCCAGUCCAUUCAGUGAACUAUCACGCACAAUGAAUAGGUUUCUAGUCUGCAGAGGAAUGAGAGUCGGAGCUCCCCAGAAGGUUGUCAGUUGGUUGGGUUCUUUCAAUCUCGUGAGAUCUAUUCAUUCUAUACCCUUUGCUACUGUAGACGUUGAAGAAAUAUCAGGUUCUCAACCUGCUGAAGUUCAUAACUUGGUGCAGGGAAAAUGGAAAGGAUCUUCAAGUUGGAAUACGCUUUUGGAUCCUUUAAAUGGAGAGCCAUUCAUUAAAGUUGCUGAGGUAGAUGAAACAGGCGUUCAGCCAUUUAUAGAGAGCUUGUCCAAGUGUCCGAAGCAUGGUCUACACAAUCCCUUUAAAGAACCAGAGAGGUAUCUUUUGUUUGGAGACAUAUCUGCAAAGGCAGCCCACAUGCUUUCCCUUCCAAAGGUUUCUGAUUUCUUCACGAGGUUAAUACAGAGAGUUUCUCCAAAGAGUUACCAGCAGGCUCUUGGUGAAGUUGUUGUUACUCAAAAAUUUCUAGAAAAUUUCUCUGGUGAUCAGGUUCGUUUCCUUGCAAGGUCUUUUGCAGUACCUGGAAAUCAUCUCGGACAGCAAAGUCAUGGUUUUCGUUGGCCUUAUGGUCCUGUCGCAAUUAUUACUCCUUUCAAUUUUCCCCUGGAGAUUCCUGCACUUCAGUUGAUGGGCGCACUUUAUAUGGGCAACAAACCCAUUCUUAAAGUUGAUAGCAAGGUGAGCAUUGUGAUGGAGCAAAUGAUGCGACUACUUCAUUAUUGUGGGUUACCAGUGGAUGAUGUUGACUUUAUAAAUUCUGAUGGGAAGGCAAUGAACAAGCUGUUAUUGGAGGCAAAUCCGCGAAUGACCCUAUUUACCGGUAGCUCAAGAGUGGCAGAUAAAUUGGCUGUUGACCUUAAAGGUCGAAUUAAAUUGGAAGAUGCAGGAUUUGACUGGAAAAUUCUUGGGCCUGAUGUUCAGGAGUGGCAGGAGCAUUAUGUUGCAUGGGUCUGUGAUCAGGAUGCUUAUGCAUGCAGUGGUCAGAAGUGCUCUGCACAAUCAAUGUUAUUCAUGCAUGAGAACUGGUCUAGAACUUCACUUGUAUCCAAGAUAAAAAAUCUUGCUGAGAGAAGGAAGUUGGAAGAUUUAACUAUUGGCCCGGUCCUUACUUUCACAACUGCAGCCAUGCUUGAACACGUGGAUAAACUGCUUCAGAUACCAGGUUCAAAACUACUCUUUGGGGGUGAACCUUUAAAGAAUCAUUCCAUUCCACCCAUAUAUGGUGCUCUAAAACCAACAGCUGUUUACGUCCCACUUGAAGAAAUCAUGAAGGACAACAACUAUGAGCUUGUAACAAGAGAAAUUUUUGGACCAUUCCAGAUUAUUACUGACUAUAAGAAAGAUCAACUCUCACUGGUUUUGGAUGCUCUGGAGAGGAUGCACGCCCAUUUAACAGCUGCUGUUGUAUCAAAUGAUCCCCUGUUCCUCCAGGAAGUUAUUGGAAAUACAGUAAAUGGAACUACUUAUGCUGGAUUAAGAGCAAGAACAACUGGAGCUCCUCAGAAUCAUUGGUUUGGACCAGCUGGAGACCCUAGGGGCGCUGGAAUCGGGACCCCAGAAGCAAUAAAGCUUGUUUGGUCUAGCCAUAGAGAGAUUAUAUACGAUUUUGGCCCCCUGCCAAGGUACUGGGAAAUUCCACCAUCAACCUAAGGAGUUGCAGUAACAACAGAAGAAGAGAAAAAUAUUCAACUUAUAAUGCCUAAAAGCACGAUGUCUGAUCUGACUUGAUCGUAUAACUCAGUUUAGGAAUGGUUUUGCCCUUAGGUAUUGGGGAAAAAAAUAAAAAAUAAAAAAUAACAAUAAAAAAGAAGAAGAAGGAAGAAGGGCAGCAUUCUUUGAAGCAUUAAUAAAGUGAAUCUACGACUCUGCUGGUGUCAUGGAGUUUUGUGAAACCCAGGAAUGAAGGGGACCAAAGAAGACAAGGGAACAGAUUUUUUUUUUCUUGUGCCUACCAAAAGGCUUAAACGUUAAGACUAUUUUAUCUUUCCCUAAGAUGGUUGUCUGUUUCUACAGUCUCCUUACUCAGUGGCACUUGAUGAAUCUUGCUUCAUUUCAAACCUCUAGUGCCAUAAACUAGGAAGAUCGCUUGUAUUACAAUAUUUAACGUUGUGUUUGGAUGAGGGAUUUUGAAGUAUGAUCUUAUUUGAAGUUAUGAUUGGGAAUUUUCA